GCUUCUCUGGUCCCCCAGAUGGUCCUGUGAUGAUGCCUCACUUUGCUUGCCUUCUCCUCCACUUCGGUCCUCGAACCUCCACCAACCUUCUGUGGAUGCAGCAGUCAUGGCCCGCUUACCCCGUCCUCUUCCGAGAUCAUCAUCAUGAUCGUUCAUAAUGCAGGCGGUCGACAUUAUUCUCAUUCUGCAGAUACAUGAUGAGCGGGACCCACCGGGGAAGGAAACCAGCUUCAUGUGCUGCAGCGGAUGCCGAUGGUACGUUGUCCUUGCUCCAGCCGUGUCGCUGCUGCUCCUGCUCCUCCUCCCUGUGUCUGCUUCCCACACAGGUAAGUAGUGCAGGGCGCCGUGGCCAAGGUUUACAGUAGCAGUAGCAGCAGCAGCGCCUGACAUGAAUUGCCCGAGGAAACAGGGAGCAGAAGCUUGUGGAUGAUCUUGUGACCCCCUGCUCACUCGGUCCUCCUGUCAGGUCUCACACCAGGUUAUUGCCUUCCUUUUGCCUCUCGUGUCAUGCCUUCGGAAGAACCUCUUGGUGUCAAAUUUGCCAUGGAAUAUGUGCGCGUGAUGUCUGAAAACAGCUGCCUUGAUUUGGUGGAUCUCCCAAUUGGAAGGGAGGCGCUUAACACUCAUUGAUGAGAGUCAGGUGAAGAUACUUCAGGUCUGGGAGCAGAUUGGUGUUGAUAUUGAAGUUCCAUGUGCUUUGGAUGAACAACGGAACGGUAGGAGAAGCGCCUGUUUAAGUGAGUUUGAAUAGUGGGAGAGUAAAAGGAAGAUAGGUGGAUAAUGGAACCAACAGCUCAAAAGGGUCUUGAGAGAGCUCUCUCUCAGAAGGCUUUGCAGAUGGGCAACUCCACCCCAUGCAAAAUAUGGGUUCUGGGUUUCUUCUGUGGUGUCUGCAUCACCUACCUCUUCCUGGUUGCCGUUGCUCCACUCAGGUCUACAGAGGUUGGAUUGGUGUAUUCAAGGACCGCCGGAGCCGUUUUGCAGAAUUCAAGCUUUUCGACUUCUGGUAUUAGCAGAUCAGGCAUGUACAGCUCUAUAACAGAGAAAGUAGAGGUCUCAGAGGAUCAUUCGGCGGGUCUAGAGCCAAGUGAUGAAGAGAGAGUCAUGAUGCUGUAUAAUGCUUGGGCUCUGCUGAAUGGAGAUGAUGAGAAUCAAUUUGCUAGAGCUGAUGUUCCUGAUGCUCCUCAUUUUGAAAACUGCAGUCUGAAUGCUCAAAUGUACAAGCAGUUUGACAGCCAUGGUGAAAAUGGAAGCUAUCCUCCUUGGACUUUGUGGAGAGGAUUUUUAGGAAUGGAGUUACUUCAUCCCUCCUCAUCAAAAGAUCCAGAGAAAACUCACUAUCAUCAUGAAGCAAAAUUUGGAGAUGCUUAUCCUCCUUGGGUUGUAGGAUCAGAUGAAGACAAUUUUCCUCUUACUAGAUUAGUACAGAGGGAUAUUUGGGUUCGUCAGCACCCCAAGAACUGCAAUGAUCCUAACCUGCGGUUUCUACUUGCUGACUGGGAGAGGCUUCCAGGAUUUGGUAUUGGGGCCCAACUAGCUGGAAUGUCAGGGCUUCUGGCUAUUGCGAUAAAUGAGAAACGAAUUCUUGUCACAAACUACUACAACAGAGCAGAUCAUGGUGGCUGCCAAGGUUCUUCACGAUCUCACUGGUCUUGCUACUUCUUUGCCGAGACAUCCACCGAGUGUCAGAAACAAGCUUUUAGUCUCAUGAAGAGUCAAGAAGCUUGGCAAAAACGGAUCAUAACAGUCAAGGACAACUAUACCUCAAAGGAAAUAUGGGCUGGAAAGGUACCUAGAGCAUGGGGUAGACCAUGGAGUUUUCUGCAACCAACAACAGACGUAGAUGGGAGUUUACUUCGAAGCCACCGAAAGAUGGAUAGGAGGUGGUGGCGAGCACAGGCUAUAAGAUACUUGAUGAGGUUUAAAAGUGAAUAUAUGUGUCACCUACUAAAUGUCGCUCGUCACAAAGCAUUUGGAUUGCAAGCUGCAAAGAUGGUCAUUACAAGUCUUUCUGCAGCUUGGCCAAAGGUAGCUAUCAACAAAUCCGAAGCAGGUAUGGAGCGGCUUGUAUGGUCCAUUCAUAACCCCUGGAUUCCGAGGCCACUUCUAAGCAUGCAUGUCAGGAUGGGAGACAAAGCUUGUGAGAUGAAGGUUGUCGGAUUUGAACACUACAUGCAGCUAGCUGACCGCAUUCGUAAGCAUUUUCCGGACCUGAACAGCAUAUGGCUCUCCACAGAAAUGCAGGCAUUCAUAGACAAAACGAGGCAAUAUCCUAGUUGGACCUUCUACUAUACGAAUGUUACGCGCCAGGAGGGGAGCAUGACGAUGGCCACAUACGAGGCAAGUCUUGGGAGAGAGACCAGUACAAACUAUCCCCUUGUGAACUUUGUAAUGGCGACCGAAGCAGAUUUCUUUGUCGGAGCUUUGGGCUCAACAUGGUGCUAUCUCAUCGAUGGCAUGAGGAAUACUGGGGGGAAAGUGAUGGCUGGGUAUCUCAGUGUCAAUAGAGAUCGGUUUUGGUAGCUGAUUAAGAUCACAGAACUGAGUAUAUAUAUGCUGUACAUGAACGUCUCCCAAUGUGGGUAUUUGUACAUAUAAAAAAGAAUUAUAUAGAGUAUAUAUAGUUUGAAUAAGAACUUCGAGUCUUUUCAAUA